GUAGUUGUGGACACAGAGAGUGCUCUUUCAGGCCCUGAGCGAGGGGCAGAUACCGUGCUGACUCCGAGCUGGUACCUCAAGCGGAUGAAGGAUGACAAGGUUCCUGAAGAGUUCCCUGAAGGAUUGCCGGAUGUUCCAGAGGAGCUCCUGGCAGCCUUGCAUGAAGCCCCAUCUGAGACAGAUUCUGAGACUGUGCCGGAGACCUUAGCUGUGGAAGAAAGUGACAGUGUGCCAGGCUCACAUGAAAAAAGAGAACCAACAGAGGACACCAGGACACUUGCUGAGCCUGAGGAAUAUUCAGGGUCAUCCGGUGGGCAAAAAGCCGAGACUGCUGGACACUGUGACCCGAGCAAGUACUACAUCCUAGUAGGGACAGUAGCAGCCUCAGCUUUGCUUCUGCUUGGGGCAGUGUCUGGCUAUCUAGUCAUGCAUCAGCUGCUGAAGAGAGACAGGAGGAGCCAGGAGGACAAAGAGGCAACAGGACAGGACUGGGACUCUUCCUGGGAAAGCUGUGGUCAGCCUAGAGGUGAAGCAGAGUCAGGAGAAGGAGCGGGAAGCAGCGAGAGAGCCCAAGGCAACGGGUUCAGGGACAGCUGCCGCCUGUUUCCUGAGCUCUUUGCAGCAGAGCUCGCCCAGCUGUACAAGAACAUGAGCGCAGACCCGUCACCUCUGCCCACCUGCUCCUUCUGUGCUCUGGCUGACAACGCCUCUUCACGGGACCACUGGAUUUCCCUGGAGUCACCUCAGCCCACAGCAUCCUCUUGGCCCUCCUACCAAUACCUGCAGGACUACUAUCUGUUAGAGGAUGAAGAUUAGUGAUAGUGAUAGAUGGUUAGUGAUAGUGAUAGCCAUAAAUAGUGAUAGUGGUAGUGAUUCUUUUAGUGAUAGUGAUAGGGACACUUGAUAUUAGAGGGUGGUGGUUGUUUUAAUGAUAGUGAUAGUUAAUAUUAGAGGAUAGUGAUGGUUUUAAUGAUAGCGUUAGUUAAUAUUAGGGGAUAGUGAUUGUUUCAAUGAUAGCGUUACUUGAUAUUAGAGGAGGGUGAUUGUAUUAGUGAUAGUGAUAGUCAUAAAUAGUGAUAGUGGUAGUGAUUCUUUUAGUGCUAGUGAUAGGGAUACUUGAUAUUAGAGGGUGGUGGUUGUUUUAAUGAUAGUGAUAGUUAAUAUUAGAGGAUAGUGAUUGUUUUAAUGAUAGCGUUAUUUGAUAUUAGAGGACAAUGAUUGUAUUAGCGAUAGUGAUAGUUAAUAUUGGAGGAUGGUGAUUGUUUUUGUGAUAGUGGUACAUUUAGUGAUAGUGAUACUUGGUAUUAGCAGACAAUGAUUGUUUUCUUGAUCUUGAUAAAUAAAUAUUUUUCCAAAAGCA